AUGUCCUCCCCAAUCAAAACGGUCGGCGUGAUCGGCGCAGGCGUGAUCGGAGCCAGCUGGACAGCACUCUUCCUUGCCAAGGGCCUCCAAGUGAUUGUAACAGACCCAGCGCCAGGAGCUGGGGCAAAGCUGCGUGGUUACUUGCAGGAGUAUUGCUCCGCAGUACCUAAUGCUAUGGUUGCUCCUGCCGCUUGUCUGAAGAAUUACACAUUCGUCAAGGACAUUGAGCCUUACCUCGGAAGCCUAGACAUGAUUCAAGAAAAUGGGCCAGAAAGACUAGACUUCAAACGCCGUCUAUUCGCGCACUUGGACGCAAAGACCCCUUCCCAUAUCCUCAUCGCAUCCUCCUCCUCCGGCCUUCCGUCGUCAGAAUUUGUCACAGAAUGCACAAAUAACCCAUCUCGAAUCCUCAUCGGUCACCCUUUCAACCCUCCCCACUUAGUACCUCUGGUCGAGGUCGUGCCUCAUCCAGGAACAAGCCAAGACUAUGUGGCGGCUGCAUACCAAUUCUACAAGGGUCUAGACAAGGAUCCGGUGAUUGUGAAUCAAGAAACUCCUGGCUUUAUCGCCAACCGGUUACAAGCCGCAAUGUGUGCCGAGGCAUACAGCCUCGUUACACGAAGGAUUGUCUCUGCAGAAGACCUGGACAAAACUGUCACUUCCGGCCUCGGCCUGCGGUGGGCGCUGACAGGGCCAAUUAUGACGAAUACCCUCGGCGGCGGGGGAGACUUCACCCAUUUUAUGGAUCAUUUGGGCCCGGCGUUGAAGUCGUGGGUCGACGAUAUGGAACAGAAUAAAUUUGACUUGGGAUCCGAGGAGCAAGUUGAUGGCUUGAAGAAGAACGUCAAUGGGUGGACAUCGCAAGUCGACCUGAAGAAGGUUGAGGGGGAUCGUGAUGUGCUGUUGACUGAAUUGGUGAAGCGUAAACUGGACCAAACGGAGAAUCAAUAG